AUGAAUCGAUGUUUUGGCCAAACUCGUGCUGUUGAGAAUGCCGAAGCCGCCGACUUAGCUAUUAUCGCAUUUUCCGAGGAACAGUUGUUCUCCGGUGUCACAAACGAAGUUAAAUGGGUGGAGUCGUCUCGUCUCCUCCAGUUCGAUGACAUCAUCCAUCGAAAUCGGAUCUGUGUGAUUUCUUCCAUGAUCUGUCGUAUUCAGGAUACUCUAAUGAAAAAUACUCUACUAUUGUUCAUCAAGGCAAUAGAAAUCUCGAAAGGGCCAUACAAACAACACAAGGCAAACCAGUUGACAGCGUACGUGAACGCGUUAGAACAAGGUAUACAUCGACUACCCGGUCAUUUCACAAAGUGCUUGAAAAUCGACAUCAUUUGCGUUGCCGACGAAGCUAAAGGACACGGAUUGGGUAAGGAGUUAACCAAGAGGGCUAUCAACGUCGCCCGAUCAGAAGGGUGUGAGUGGGUGGUAACAGCCGCGACAGCGGCUGCAUCUCAAGCAGUUUUCACUCGGAUGGGAUUCGAGACGUUCUACGAAAUUCCAUUUUCCAACUUCUGCGAGAAUGGAACCGUUGUGUUUAACAACUUGUUUGAUGGUUGUUCCAGUGGAAAGUUAAUGGCACUGCGACUGAAUAAAUAA